CCAGCUAACUGUCUUGGUCUUCAGACUUUCAAUUCAUCUAAUGUGACAGCAAAUCAGACCAACACCACUUCUGCUGCAACUGAGUUCUGGGAACGGCGAGUGCUGGGUAUGUCUGGAGGCAUUGAGGAGCUGGGCAGUGUGAGAUGGGAGCUGGCUUUGUGUCUUCUGGCCUGCUGGAUGUUCUGCUACUUUAGUAUCUGGAAAGGUGUCAGAUCUACUGGAAAGGUAGCGUAUUUCACAGCCACUUUCCCCUACCUGAUCCUCCUGAUCCUACUCAUCAGAGGCUUGACUCUACCUGGAGCUUGGGACGGCAUUUACUACUACCUGUAUCCAAACCUGAACCAACUGGCAAACCUUGAGGUGUGGAUAGAAGCAGGAUCUCAAAUAUUUUUCUCCUACAGUCUGACUGCCGGGUUUCUAAAUGUCAUAGCCAGCUAUAAUGAGUACAACAACAACUGUUACAAGGACUGUUUCUGGCUCUGUCUGCUGAACAGUGGGACCAGUUUUGUUGCUGGAUUUGUGGUCUUCUCUGUUCUUGGAUUCAUGGCUCACAAACAGGGUGUUACUGUCGACAAUGUGGCUGAGUCAGGUCCAGGUUUGGCUUUCAUUGUUUACCCUCAGGCAACAGCUAUGAUGCCUUUGCCACAGUUCUGGACAGUCUGCUUCUUCCUGAUGCUUAUUCUAUUGACUAUUGACACACAUUUUGUGAUUGUGGAGAGUUUUAUCACCACAGUGAGCGAUUUGUUUCCAAAAUGGUUUCGUGCACCAGUGAGGCACGAGAUCUUUGUCCUCAUCAUCUGUGUAUCCAGCUUCCUCAUACAUCUUACCCUGGUUACUGAGGGAGGAAUUUACAUAUUCCAACUCAUUGACUUCUACGGCUCUACCAGAGUCUGUCAGAAUUUUAUGGCUAUUUGUGAAUGCCUGGCAGUGGGCUGGAUUUUUGGUGCUGACCGCUUUUCUAACAUCAUUGAGGACAUGACAGGACAGAGACCAUCUGUUUUUUUCAAACUGUGCUGGAAAUACAUCAUUCCUCUGCUGUCAUUGAUUUCCUUUAUCCUCUACCUGGUUGAUUACAAACACCUCAAGAUUAAUGACUGGUACACUUACCCUGACUGGGCUUACGCACUAGGAUGGACCAUGACACUGUCCUCUGUUCUCAUGGUGCCACUGUGGGCAGUUGGACAGAUGUGUUUGACAGCAGGGACCCUCAGGCAGCGUUUGUCUGUUCUUUGUUGUCCUGCUGAAGAUCUAGCCUGGCAGAGGAGAAAAAUGGGAGAGGAGGGAGCAACUGUUGAACUGAUGACGUCAGCAGUGACAACUUAG